UAUUGUGUUCAUCAUCUGCUGCUUCUGCCCCUGUUGCUGCAUCUAUAAAAUGUGCAGGAAAUCCAGACCUGUGGCAGGAGCGCAUGUAACUACAGUCACAAAUACACAUUUCAUUCAGCAGCAGCCUGUAAUGCAGGGGGCCCAGUGCCCACAAUACCAACCAAUGCCGACUCAUCCGGGUUACGGUCAGCCAAUGCAGACGGGACCAUAUCAGGGACAGCCAUAUGCACCAGGACCCCCACCCUCAUGUCAAGUGGCCUUGAGUCCUGGAUAUCCCACUAGUCAGAGUGCAUAUGACGGAGGCCAGGCCAUGUACCCCAUGCAGCCGCCUGCCCAGCCGGGUGUCGCUUAUAUGCCUUCAGAGACAUCGAAUCAGCUGGCCUACAACCCCGCCUACGUGCAGCCACCAAACAUCGGUUACUAAACUGCAACCGUCUGUCACAUCAGACAUUGCUGGAUUGUGGAGGUUGACGCACUUUCGCGAGGCAGUAAGAAUGUGCCCAAUUUAAUGUGGAUUAUAAAAGACUAGUGGAUGUGUUAUAGUCAGGGUUAUUACAGUUUUUUUUUUUUAAAGGUGUAGUGUGUAAAUUUUAGCGGCAUCUAGCGGUGAGAUUGCGAAUUGCAACCAAUGGCUCAGUCCCCCGCUCACCCCUCCCUUUAGAGAAGCUACUGUGGCUGAUACAGGACUAAGAUGUCGUCGGUAAAGACAGCAGAGAGCAAUGAGAUUUCUUUACAAAGGUAAAUUAAGGAAUUAUAUUUACUUAA